UAGCAACCAGAGUGAAAAUAAACGGUACCAGCGUGCAAGUUGGGUUGCAGAAAAUAAACAUUUACGUGUAGACUGUUGCUAAAAAAUAUUAUUGCUAUUGCUGAGUUGUUAGUAUUUGACAACAAAUAACAUUAUAUUUAGAUUUAAAAAAAAAAAAAAAAUCAUGGGUCGGGAUUAUUACGGUGUUUUGGAAAUAACAAGGAACGCAAACGACGCAGAUAUAAAAAAGAGCUAUCGCAAACUUGCCUUGAAGUACCAUCCGAGCACAAACUUGGAACCGGGUGCUCUUGAAAAGUUCACCCAACUUGCCGAGGCCUAUGAUGUAUUAAGUGACCCUAGGAAGAAAGCUACUUAUGAUAAGUUUGGAGAAGAAGGGCUGAAGGGAGGCAUUCCUCCAGAGUUUGGAGGCAGUGGUGCCUGGACUAGCGCUUACACUUUCCACGGGAAUGCAGACAAGGUCUUCAGAGACUUUUUUGGAGGGGACAACCCAUUUUCAGAUUUCUACAAUACAGACGGUGGAGAGGUUAACAGUGGGUUUGGGGGCCUGCGAGGCCGGGGGAUGAAGAGAAGCGAUCCUCCAAUUGAACGGGACCUCUACCUGUCCCUGGAAGACUUGUUUUAUGGAUGCACAAAAAAGAUCAAAAUCUCAAGACGGGUUAUGAAUGAAGAUGGUCACACGUCAAGCAUUAGAGACAAGAUUCUAACUAUAGAUGUGAAACCAGGUUGGAAACAAGGAACCAAAAUCACAUUCCAAAAAGAAGGAGAUCAGGGACCAAACAACAUUCCAGCCGACAUUGUGUUUGUUGUGAAAGAGAAACAGCAUCCCCGUUUCGUAAGACAUCAGAAUGAUCUUAUCUACACAUCCCACAUCGACCUGGGAAAAGCUUUGAUUGGAUUUUCUGUGGAGGUUGAGACACUGGAUGGCAGGCUCCUCAACAUCCCCAUCAAUUACAUUGUCCAUCCCAGGUACAAUAAAGUGGUCCCUGGUGAAGGAAUGCCUUUAUCCAUGGACCCAACUCAGAAAGGAGAUCUCAUUAUUCAAUUUGAAAUUCACUUCCCAGAAAAACUCUCUCCGGAAAGGAAGCAGUUGAUACAACAAGCACUCCUGGCUUAAACAGGGAACUAGAGGAAAUGUGUUGGAGACAUUACCAAAGCUACAGCAUAAAAAAAACAUGUGUUUCAAUAUUAAGAGGCCUGUACAAAUAAAUGUGAUCAAAUACCAAGUUCUGUUUCAUUUACAAAUAGAUGUGUGUCUGAACAGAAGAAUCAUGGCCACCAGUUUCAUAUUACUGAUCCUCUGACUGACACUUCCUCCACGUUUAAAAAGUAUACUGGGCAUAUCCAAAUUACAUUUGACAAAAAUGUUAUAUGGGGGAAAAAUAAAUAAAUAAAUUACAAUUAAAAGUGAAGACGGUCCUACAGGGCACUUCAACCCCUUGGAGUAGUGAAAGAUCAUUACAAUGGACACAAUGGACACAAACUGUAACUCUCAACUGGCUUCUGACAUUUUUGGAACCCUUAGGCAGCACUUCAGAAAGUUUUGGGUCUGACAGUUACUUACCUUCAGGGGUAAAAUGCAGCAAUACCUUGAAGUCAUGAGUAAUCUUGACAAAUACAGACAAUCUUUAAUGGUAAUGGGGUAGGCAUUAAAAAAAGGGCCUUCUAUUUGAACCUGAAUGUCACUUUGAACUACAACUGGUUCUUCAUCGGCUCAGCGCAUUGUUUUUGAGGUACUGUAUCACACAGACUCUGUAAAUUAAUUAUGUUACUUUAUAUUUUAACAUUCAAUUCUUAAACUCUGUGAACAUGUUAAAACUUCAGUAUAAAGCCAUACAGAUAAAUAAAAUAAUGCAUUAAUAAGUUAUAAAAGUUUAAUAUUAUAGGCACCGUUUUUUUAGCAGUUGGCUCAGACGAUGGUUCUAAUUGGAUAUGUAGCUGGACUGGGGUGUUUACGCUUCAACCUGUGUAGCUUCUAAUUGCUUUUAUUCUUACUGUGAUUGGCUGCAAAGACAACAGGGCUUGCCAGAGAUUGGAUAAUGUUUGUUGGGUUGGUUUUUCUUGUGUACAGUUUCCUAGUAACUGAAGACAUAGCUUUCCGGGCGAUGUAGUUGUUAAUGGAAGUUUUAGGGAAGACAGACAAAAUUGUGCAGCAAAAUUGCUAUGCACAUACUUAUGCAUUAAAUUUAAUGCGUAUUUCUGAUUUUUUU